ACGACAGAGAUAAAACCAAAAUAGAGAAUAAGAAAAAGAAGAGAGGGAAGGAAAUUGAGAGAGAGAGAAAUGGGGUAGGCGCAGAUUGAGGAAGAGUGAGUGUAUAUGGGUGGUGUGGGAGCAACACUCUUUCGUGGAUGGCAUUCUUCGUUUCUUCCAUCGAUGCAAUUCUAUUAACUCUCACAUUCACCUUCACAACAACAAAAACAACCUCAACAAAAAUGCCAACAACAACGUUAACAACAUUCUCCUCCUGAGAGACAUUUACGUUCAAACAUCUUCCUUCAACCUUCUCUCAAAGCCCCCAAACGCUCCCACUUCAAAUCUUCCUCCAUGGAUCGUAACAAAAAGGGAACAGGGGAGGCAGAGUUUUUUACUGAGUAUGGAGAGGCAAGUAGGUAUGACAUCCUGGAAGUGAUUGGAAAAGGGAGUUACGGUGUUGUGUGUUCUGCUGUUGACAGUCAUAAUGGGGAAAAAGUUGCAAUAAAGAAAAUCAAUGAUGUUUUCGAGCAUGUGUCAGAUGCCACACGGAUCCUAAGAGAAAUAAAACUCCUUCGUUUGCUUCGACAUCCUGAUAUAGUUGAGAUAAAGCACAUAAUGCUUCCUCCCUCCCGACGAGAGUUCAGGGAUGUCUAUGUUGUGUUUGAGUUGAUGGAGUCUGAUCUUCAUCAAGUGAUUAAGGCAAACGAUGAUCUUAGCCCUGAGCACUAUCAAUUUUUCUUGUACCAACUUCUUAGAGGCCUCAAAUUUAUACACACAGCAAAUGUGUUUCAUCGUGAUUUGAAGCCAAAAAAUAUUCUAGCUAAUGCUGAUUGCAAACUAAAAAUAUGUGAUUUCGGACUUGCUCGAGUUUCAUUUAAUGAGGCUCCGUCAGCUAUAUUCUGGACCGACUAUGUUGCAACCCGGUGGUAUCGUGCACCUGAACUAUGCGGCUCAUUUUUCUCAAAAUAUACUCCCGCAAUUGAUAUUUGGAGCAUUGGAUGCAUAUUUGCAGAAAUGCUCACUGGGAAGCCAUUGUUUCCAGGAAAAAAUGUAGUGCACCAAUUGGAUCUCAUAACUGACCUGCUUGGUACUCCUCCUACUGAAACCAUUUCUAAGAUUCGAAAUGAGAAGGCUAGAAGGUACCUUGGUAGCAUGAGGAAAAAACAACCUAUUCCAUUCACCAAAAAAUUUCCAAAUGUAGAUCCUUUGGGUCUUCAUUUACUGGAGCGAUUACUUGCAUUUGAUCCUAAAGAUCGUCCAGCAGCUGAAGAGGCACUAAGUGACCCUUAUUUCAAUGGUUUGGCCAAUGUGGACCGUGAACCAUCCACUCAACCCAUUUCAAAGCUGGAGUUUGAGUUUGAGAGGAGAAAAUUGACCAAAGAUGAUGUUAGAGAAUUGAUUUAUCGAGAGAUUUUAGAGUAUCAUCCCCAGAUGCUCCAAGAAUAUCUUCGCGGUGGAGAACAAACUAGCUUCAUGUAUCCAAGUGGGGUUGAUCGAUUCAAGCGACAGUUUGCUCAUCUUGAGGAGCAUUCUGGCAAAGGUGAACGAGGCACUCCAUUGUUGAGGCACCAUGCCUCCUUGCCUAGAGAGCGAGUUCCAGCUCCCAAGGAAGAAAAUAAUCAAAAUGAUGAUGGUGAAAAUCCAACUGCAGCAGUUGAUGAGUCAGAUUCUGGAAAUCCAGAUGCACAAAACGGACCCUCCAAGCCAAACUGCAGUGCACGUAGCCUAUUGAAGAGUGCCAGCAUUAGUGGUUCAAAGUGUAUAGAUGUGAAAAAAAGCAAUGAUCAAGAGGAGGAGCCACUUACAGAGGUCAGUGAUGAGACUCUGGAUGAGUUGACAAAGGUUGCUUCCCUGCAUACUUGAUUCAUGAUUUUGAUCUAACUUUCCAAUGUUCCUCCCUUUACAAAAGAGAGAAUGAAUUGUUGCACAGAAACCUUUCACAUUUUUUUGGGUGUAGAAGUUAACUGUAGGAUUCUGUUGUAUUUAAGUAUCAUUUUUUUACAUCUGCAAGAAGUCAUGUCAAUAUAUAUUUGUGUAAUAGUAAUUAUUAUUGCAACACAAUGUAUUAUAUAUAGUACGUAUUGGAGCAAGUAGGGAUUGUACCAAUCACCUUAAUUCUUCUUUUAUAGCAGAAUUUGGUCUUGGUUUUGCAU